AUGAUAUCCUUACUAUAUAAGAAUAGGUAUUCAUGGUAUGGUGAAGCUAUAGUAGAGGGUUUCAUACCACACCUCAACGACAUCGUCAAGUCACAGAACACUUCUGUGAUUAGAGAAAGUGAUGAUACACCACCCAUUACCAAACGUAUUACACCCAAAUGUAUACGCUUCCUAUUGGGUAUCAUUAAGGAACGACUUUACAUUAUCAUCACCACGUUUUGGAUUUACAAGGAUACUCCUUUCUGGAUGCUCGAUAGUCAUUGA